AUUGAGACUUCUCUGCCGCCCCCGUAAGAACUUUAAAAACGACCUCGUGCAAGCUCUCGAGGGAUCAUCUGCAAUGGCGACGGUAAAAACAGUAAGUUUCGAUGGCACGCUCGUUGUACACAGGAAGAACUUCCUCAACUUAACGGACAUAGGAGCUCACCUGGUGGAUGUCGCUUCAGACUUGUUCGGCCAGAACAUCUCGCUGCAACUUAUCAGCACCGAGAUCAAUCCAGGAACCAAGAAAUUAACACUGUCCAAACGAGCUGCUGCUGGCGGCUGGCUGGUGUCUGGAGGAUUGCGGGCAACUGAAGAUGUCGAGUUGAAUGUUAAGUUCGAGAUCGGCGACGACUUUGGAGUUCCCGGUGCCUUCACCAUCAGAAACAAGCACCCGAACGAGUUCUACCUCAAAUCUCUAACACUCGAGCUGCCUCAGCAACAAGUUAUAGAAUUCCCCUGCAAUUCCUGGGUGUACAAUGUGUCCCGGUAUCCAAACGACCGCAUCUUCUUCAGUAACCACCUGACUCUUCCCAAGGACACACCGGCCGGCCUUGUUGACGCUCGCAAUCAGGAGCUUUUGAACCUGAGAGGCAAUGGAACAGGUGAAAGAAAAGUCUGGGAACGAAUAUAUGACUACGCCACUUACAAUGAUCUUGGGAAACCGGAUACUGACAAGUCCCUCCAGCGGCCUACACUCGGGGGUUCUGCAGAAUUUCCGUAUCCACGACGGUGUCGAACUGGACGAGAUCUAGAGGAAACAGAUAAAGCUACCGAGAGCCAGGCAGCAGGAAAUUACUACAUACCGAGUGAUGAACGAUUUGGCACAACUAAGGAGUCCGACUUCCUAACGGCCGCCAUAAAAGCCGCGGCACAGAGCCUGAUCCCAAACCUGGAAGGAACAUUCACAGCAGAUGAAACGUUUGAUAGCUUUGGUGAAGUGCAAAAUCUGUACGUGGAAGGAGUUGAUAUGAGCAAGUGCAAACGAGACGACGACAUUCUUGAUCCAGCUGAGGUUGUCCAAAGCCUGUCGACUGGAGACAGUGGAAGCUUGCUGAUGUAUCCAAUACCUACGGUUAUCAAAGCCAACGAGAAAGGAUGGAUGUCCGACGUCGAAUUCGCAAGGCAGAUGAUCAGCGGACUGAACCCCAUGGCGAUUCAGCUACUAGAGGUUUUUCCACCAGAAAGCACGCUGGACCCAGCAGUAUACGGAACACAAAAGUCAGCCAUUACAGAAGAACAUAUUGUCUCUCAGCUUGAAGGAAACACAGUCCAGCAAGCACUUGAGAACAAGAAGCUAUUCAUCUUAGACUACCAUGAUGCAUACUUGCCUUACUUGACCAAAAUCAACAGCAUCAAGGAAAUCCACGCUUACGCAUCCAGAACUCUACUGUACCUCAAAGCGGAUGGAACUCUAAAGCCUAUUGCCAUCGAGUUGAGCUUGCCACCGGAUUCUUCCUCCAAGUCAGAAAACAAAAGGGUGUUUCUUCCACCUGCACCAGGAACAGAGGAUUGGUUAUGGCAUCUCGCAAAAGCACACGUAACUACAAAUGAUUCAGGAUAUCACCAGCUCAUAAGUCACUUUUUAAGAACUCAUGCCUGCCUGGAACCUUUUAUCAUUGCGACACAUCGAAACCUGAGUGCGCUUCAUCCCUUGAAUCCGUUCCUGGUUCCACACUUCAAGAACACAAUGUCAAUCAACGCUCGAGCCAGGCAGUCACUGAUAAAUGCUGAUGGUAUAAUAGAGAAAUGCUUCUCAACAAGGAGAUACUCAAUGGAGUUGAGCUCCGUUGUCUAUAGGACAUGGAGGUUCGACGACCAAGGACUUCCUGCAGAUUUACUGAAAAGGGGAAUGGCAACUCCAGAUGCAAACUCAAAGCAUGGACUCAAACUGGCUAUCGACGACUAUCCAUAUGCAGCAGACGGUUUGGAGAUUUGGGAUGCAAUUGAGAGGUGGACACAGGAAUAUGUAGAUAGCUGCUACGAAGAUGACGCAGACAUAGAGAGUGACAACGAACUACAGGCAUGGUGGACGGAAAUUGUUAACGUUGGUCACGGUGACAAGAAAGACGAGACAUGGUGGGUGGAAAUGAAUAGCAAGCCGAACCUGGUAAGCGUGCUCACAACUGUGAUCUGGUUGGCAUCUGCACACCAUGCCGCCGUAAACUUUGGACAGUACGCCUACGCUGGUUACAUGCCCAAUCACCCAACAGCCACGCACAGGGAAAUCCCACGAGAAGGCUCUGAGGAACACAAGCAGCUUCUUAAGGAUCCGGAAAACUUCUUCUUAUCUGCAGUGUCCACAAAGGCAGAAGCAACGUCAGUUAUGACAACGAUAGAAAUUCUGGCAACUCAUUCAGCAGACGAGGAGUACCUGGGACAAAGAAUAAUCCAGAACUGGACCAACAACCAAGCAGCUCAGAGUGCAUUCACCAAGUUUUCUGAGAAACUCAAGGCAGUGGAAGAACUCAUCCAGACAAGGAACAAGGACACGAAACUCAAGAACCGGACAGGACCAGUGCAAAUUCCAUACACCCUCCUGUUUCCAAGCUCCGGCCCGGGAUUAACAGGUAGAGGGAUACCAAACAGUACCUCCAUUUGAAGUUCCAGGAGAUAUUGAUGCUGCCUUCACAACUGUGUAGAGUCCUUGCUUCGCGAUGCGAUUACUCUUUGUAUACUCUAUCUCAAAUAAGACCAGCAAUCUUACCAAUAAAAUACUUAAGAAUUCAGGAGCU